AUGGCCGACAUCCUGAGUAUCGGCGGUGAGCCGAUCUUCGACGAGCGCAUCGUCGGAAUCGAGACUCACACGUAUAACCCGUACGUCAACACGACGUUCGGACACAACGACGAGAUACAAAUACCCAUACAGCAGCAGGAUCUGUAUACACUGCCGUGCGAAAGUUUCCUGUACGUCGAGGGACGACUCAACGACGACGGCGCGACGAAUGAGGAACAAUACGCGAAAUUAGUCAACAACUGCGUCGCGUUUAUGUUCGACGAAAUUCGAUACGAUCUCGACGGCGUGGAGAUCGACCGGUGUAGAAACGUCGGCAUAACCAGCACGAUAAAGAACUACGUGUCGCUGACCGUCGAACGAGCCAGAAAACUGCAGAACGCUGGAUGGAGUUAUCCAACGAGCGAAUCGAAUCUGAACGACGCGUCCCAUCAAUUCAACUUUUGCGUACCUUUGAAUAUUCUUUUGGGUUUCUGCGAGGACUACAGACGCGUGGUGAUAAACGCGCGACACGAGCUUAUCCUGAUACGCUCUCGCAGCGACCACAACUGCGUCGUAGAUCCGAAGAAGACCGUGCCGAGAGAUCCGGCCAAGGAUCCUAAAAUUACGUUGUUGAAAGUGCAAUGGCGUAUGCUUCACGUGGCGCUGAACGACGUGACUAAAUUAUCGCUGUUGCGAACGUUGGAGAGCGGACGAUUUCUGAGCGCGGGCUUUCGCUCUUGGGAUCUGUACGAAUUUCCCCUGUUGCAGAGCACGACCAAGCAUUCGUGGGCCGUGAAAGCCGCGCCGCAAUUGGAGAAGCCGCAAUACGUCAUAUUCGCGCUGCAGACCGGACGGCGAAACAAAUUCGCGGGCAACGCCUCGAGGUUCGAUCAUUGCGCGCUCGCCAACGUGAAAUUGUAUCUCAACUCGGAAUUCUAUCCCUACGACGACGUGAACGUGGAUUUCGAGAGCGACAAGUUCCCGUGCU